AUUAUCAGUAUAAAAAUAAAUGGUGUCAGCUGGGUGCAGUGACUCAUGCCUGUAAUCCCAGCACUUUAAGAGGCUGAGGCAGGUGGAUCACCUGAGGCCAGGAGUUUGAGACCAGCCUGGCCAACAUGGUGAAACCACAUUGUCAGGCCUCUGAGCCCAAGCCAAGCCAUCGCAUCCCCUAUGACUUGCAUGUAUACAUCCAGAUGGCCUGAAGUAACUGAAGAUCAACAAAAGAAGUAAAAAUAGCCUUAACUGAUGACAUUCCACCAUUGUGAUUUGUUUCUGCCCCACCCGAACUGAUCAAUGUACUUUGUAAUCUCCCCCACCCUUAAGAAGGUUCUUUGUAAUUCUCCCCACCCUUGAGAAUGUACUUUGUGAGAUCCACCCCUGCCCGCAAAACAUUGCUCUCAACUUCACCACCUGUCCCAAAACCUGUAAGAACUAAUGAUAAUCCAUCACCCUUUGCUGACUCUCUUUUCGGACUCAGCCCGCCUGCACCCAGGUGAAAUAAACAGCCAUGUUGCUCACACAAAGCCUGUUUGGUGGUGUCUUCACACAGACGCGCAUGAAACACAUCUCUACUAAAAAUACAAGAAUCAGCUGGGCGAGGUGGCGCACAGCUGUAAUCCCAGCACUUUGGGAGGCUGAGACAGGCGGGUCACUUGAGGCCAUGAGUUCGAGACCAGCCUGGCCAACAUCGUGAAAACCCCAUCUCUACCAAAAAUACAAAAACUAGCCAGAUGUGGUGGCGCACACCUGUAAUCCCAGCUACUCGGGAGGCUGAGGUACCGAAUCGUCUCAACGUGGGAAGUGGAGCUUGUAGUGAGCCGAGAUCGCCCCACUGCACUCCAGCCUGGGCAACAGAGCUAGACUCUGUCUCAAAACAAACAAAAAAUGGUGUCAAGACUCUCAGACGAGAUGCUAAUGGAUUAAGGCCUAUAUGUAAAUAGCACCAAAGACUAUGGAACAGAGAUGGGAGAAGCAAGCAGGGAGGCAGGAAUAGUUUAGCUGUGGCAGUUUUAGUUUAGUCCACUUACAUAAAUGGUUCUUUAGGGUAGCACAUGGAGCAUCCUCAUUUCCAAACAUUGGACUGAGAGUAGAGAGCUGUGCAAAAUAACCACAAGUCCCCAACUAUGCCCUCUUAAUUAUCCCUAUCAUCUAAGACUGUUGUUCCCAUCCAUCACUGAACUUCCCCGUCUUCUUCCUUCAACCCCUGUGUUAGUCAAUGGUUGAAAUUUUGAUUUGGUAAAAAACCUCUGGCGAAAACCAGCAAAAAGGGCUCGCAAAUCAGGUCUCAGGGAAGCACAGAGGUAGCCACGAGAAGGCCCGAGGUGCUCAUGGAAAGAGCUCGAGCCCAGGAGGAGCUCGAGCCUGGGAGGACCCCAGGCGCUCGGAGCCGCCGUUACGUAACCGGCACUCAGAGCCUCCGAAGACCGGAAGGCCCCGCUCAGGCCCCGGCCCCGGCCCCGCCCCGGCCCGGCCGGGCAGCCGGUAGGUGCCGUGCGCAACCCUCCGGAAGCUGCCGCCCCUUUCCCCUUUUAUGGGAAUAGUUUUUUUAAAAAAAUAAGAGUUCGCUGGCGCCACCCCGUAGGACUGGCCGCCCUAAAACCGUGAUAAAGGAGCUGCUCGCCACUUCUCACUUCCGCUUCCUUCCAGUAAGGAGUCGGGGUCUUCCCCAGUUUUCUCAGCCAGGCGGCGGCGGCGACUGGCAAUGUUUGGCCUCAAAAGAAACGCGGUAAUCGGACUCAACCUCUACUGUGGGGGGGCCGGCUUGGGGGCCGGCAGCGGCGGCGCCACCCCUCCGGGAGGGCGACUUUUGGCUACGGAGAAGGAGGCCUCGGCCCGGCGAGAGAUAGGGGGAGGGGAGGCCGGCGCGGUGAUUGGCGGAAGCGCUGGCGCAAGCCCCCCGUCCACCCUCACGCCAGACUCCCGGAGGGUCGCGCGGCCGCCGCCCAUUGGCGCCGAGGUCCCCGACGUCACCGCGACCCCCGCGAGGCUGCUUUUCUUCGCGCCCACCCGCCGCGCGGCGCCGCUUGAGGAGAUGGAAGCCCCGGCCGCCGACGCCAUCAUGUCGCCCGAAGAGGAGCUGGACGGGUACGAGCCGGAGCCUCUCGGGAAGCGGCCGGCUGUCCUGCCUCUGCUGGAGUUGGUCGGGGAAUCUGGUAAUAACACCAGUACGGACGGGUCACUACCCUCGACGCCGCCGCCAGCAGAGGAGGAGGAGGACGAGUUGUACCGGCAGUCCCUGGAGAUUAUCUCUCGGUACCUUCGGGAGCAGGCCACCGGCGCCAAGGACACAAAGCCAAUGGGCAGGUCUGGGGCCACCAGCAGGAAGGCGCUGGAGACCUUACGACGGGUUGGGGAUGGCGUGCAGCGCAACCAUGAGACGGCCUUCCAAGGCAUGCUUCGGAAACUGGACAUCAAAAACGAAGACGAUGUGAAAUCGUUGUCUCGAGUGAUGAUCCAUGUUUUCAGCGACGGCGUAACAAACUGGGGCAGGAUUGUGACUCUCAUUUCUUUUGGUGCCUUUGUGGCUAAACACUUGAAGACCAUAAACCAAGAAAGCUGCAUCGAACCAUUAGCAGAAAGUAUCACAGACGUUCUCGUAAGGACAAAACGGGACUGGCUAGUUAAACAAAGAGGCUGGGAUGGGUUUGUGGAGUUCUUCCAUGUAGAGGACCUAGAAGGUGGCAUCAGGAAUGUGCUGCUGGCUUUUGCAGGUGUUGCUGGAGUAGGAGCUGGUUUGGCAUAUCUAAUAAGAUAGCCUUACUGUAAGUGCAAUAGUUGACUUUUAACCAACCACCACCACCACCAAAACCAGUUUGUGCAGUUGGACUCCAAGCUGUAACUUCCUAGAGUUGCACCCUAGCAACCUAGCCAGAAAAGCAAGUGGCAAGAGGAUUAUGGCUAACAAGAAUAAAUACAUGGGAAGAGUGCUCCCCAUUGAUUGAAGAGUCACUGUCUGAAAGAAGCAAAGUUCAGUUUCAGCAACAAACAAACUUUGUUUGGGAAGCUAUGGAAGAGGACUUUUAGAUUUAGUGAAGAUGGUAGGGUGGAAAGACUUAAUUUCCUUAUUGAGAACAGGAAAGUGGCCAGUAGCCAGGCAAGUCAUAGAAUUGAUUACCCGCCGAAUUCAUUAAUUUACUGUAGUGUUAAGAGAAGCACUAACAAUGCCAGUGACCUGUGUAAAAGCUACAAGUAAUAGAACUAUGACUGUAAGCCUCAGUACUGUACAAGGGAAGCUUUUCCUCUCUCUAAUUAGCUUUCCCAGUAUACUUCUUGAAAUAGAAAGUCCAAGUGUUCAGGACUUUUAUACCUGUUAUGCUUUGGCUUGGUUUCCAUGAUUCUUACUUUAUUAGCCUAGUUUAUCACCAAUAAUACUUGACGGAAGGCUCAGUAAUUAGUUAUGAAUAUGGAUAUCCUCAAUUCUUAAGACAACUUGUAAAUGUAUUUGUAAAAAUUGUAUAUAUUUUUACAGAAAGUCUAUUUCUUUGAAACGAAGGAAGUAUCGAAUUUACAUUAGUUUUUUUCAUACCCUUUUGAACUUUGCAACUUCCGUAAUUAGGAACCUGUUUCUUACAGCUUUUCUAUGCUAAACUUUGUUCUGUUCAGUUCUAGAGUGUAUACAGAACGAAUUGAUGUGUAACUGUAUGCAGACUGGUUGUAGUGGAACAAAUCUGAUUGAUUAACUAUGCAGGUUUAAAUUUUCUUAUCUGAUUUGGUAAGUAUUCCUUAGAUAGAUUUUUCUUUGAAAACCUGGGAUUGAGAGGUUGAUGAAUGGAAAUUCUUUCACUUCAUUGUAUGCAAGUUUUCAAUAAUUAGGUCUAAGUGGAGUUUUGAGGUUACUGAUGACUUACAAAUAAUGGGCUCUGAUUGGGCAAUACUCAUUUGAGUUCCUUCCAUUUGACCUAAUUUAACUGGUGAAAUUUAAAGUGAAUUCAUGAGCUCAUCUUUAAAGCUUUUACUAAAAGAUUUUCAGCAGAAUGGAACUCAUUAGCUGUGUGCAUAUAAAAAGAUCACAUCAGGUGGAUGGAGAGACAUUUGAUCCCUUGUUUGCUUAAUAAAUUAUAAAAUGAUGGCUUGGAAAAGCAGGCUAGUCUAACCAUGGUGCUAUUAUUAGGCUUGCUUGUUACACACACAGGUCUAAGCCCAGUAUGUCAAUAAAGCAAAUACUUACUGUUUUGUUUCUGUUAAUGAUUCCCAAACCUUGUUGCAAAUUUUUGCAUUGGCAUCUUUGGAUUUCAGUCUUGAUGUUUGUUCUAUCAGACUUAACCUUUUAUUUCCUGUCCUUCCUUGAAAUUGCUGCUUGUUCUGCUCCCUCUACAGAUAUUUAUAUCAAUUCCUACAGCUUUCCCCUGCCAUCCCUGAACUCUUCCUAGCCCUUUUAGAUUUUGGCACUGUGAAACCCCUGCUGGAAACCUGAGUGACCCUCCCUCCCCACCAAGAGUCCACAGACCUUUCAUCUUUCACGAACUUUAUCCUGUUAGCAGGUGGUAAUACCAUGGGUGCUGUGACACUAACAGUCAUUGAGAGGUGGGAGGAAGUCCCUUUUCCUUGGACUGGUAUCUUUUCAACUAUUGUUUUAUCCUGUCUUUGGGGGAAAUGUGUCAAAAGUCCCCUCAGGAAUUUUCAGAGGAAAGAACAUUUUAUGAGGCUUUCUCUAAAGUUUCCUUUGUAUAGGAGUAUGUUCACUUAAAUUUACAGAAAGAGGUGAGCUGUGUUAAACCUCAGAGUUUAAAAGCUACUGAUAAACUGAAGGAAGUGUCUAUAUUGGAACUAGGGUCAUUUGAAAGCUUCAGUCUCGGAACAUGACCUUUAGUCUGUGGACUCCAUUUAAAAAUAGGUAUGAAUAAGAUGACUAAGAAUGUAAUGGGGAAGAAUUGCCCUGCCUGCCCAUCUCAGAGCCAUAAGGUCAUCUUUGCUAGAGCUAUUUUUACCUAUGUAUUUAUCGUUCUUGAUCAUAAGCCACUUAUUUAUAUCAUGUAUCUCUAAGGACCUAAAAGCACUUUAUGUAGUUUUUAAUUAAUCUUAAGAUCUGGUUACGGUAACUAAAAAAGCCUGUCUGCCAAAUCCAGUGGAAACAAGUGCAUAGAUGUGAAUUGGUUUUUAGGGGCCCCACUUCCCAAUUCAUUAGGUAUGACUGUGGAAAUACAGACAAGGAUCUUAGUUGAUAUUUUGGGCUUGGGGCAGUGAGGGCUUAGGACACCCCAAGUGGUUUGGGAAAGGAGGAGGGGAGUGGUGGGUUUAUAGGGGGAGGAGGAGGCAGGUGGUCUAAGUGCUGACUGGCUACGUAGUUCGGGCAAAUCCUCCAAAAGGGAAAAGGAGGAUUUGCUUAGAAGGAUGGCGCUCCCAGUGACUACUUUUUGACUUCUGUUUGUCUUACGCUUCUCUCAGGGAAAAACAUGCAGUCCUUUAGUGUUCAUGUACAUUCUGUGGGGGGUGAACACCUUGGUUCUGGUUAAACAGCUGUACUUUUGAUAGCUGUGCCAGGAAGGGUUAGGACCAACUACAAAUUAAUGUUGGUUGUCAAAUGUAGUGUGUUUCCCUAACUUUCUGUUUUUCCUGAGAAAAAAAAAUAAAUCUUUUAUUCAAA